AUGAAGUUUUUCACUAAGUCGUCCGUGGUCGAACACCUCAAAAACAACACCAAUUAUAAACCCUCCCGAAAAAACCAUAAUUCGCUGGAAAUUUUCCCGAAUUAUCUCCCCCAGCCGCCCGAUCCACCCCGCCCCACCACUCCGCCCCCCGGCCGCCAUUGGCCGGCCGGCACGCGCUCCGGCGGGGGUGCCUUUAAAGCCCCUCGCAUCCAACCCGUGCCACAGUCCACCCGGCCCAUCAGCCCAGCAAGUGUAGUGAUGGAAUCGUCCGAGUCGUACGGCUACCUGUACAUGCUGACGCCCCAGCAGCCCGCCGACUGGGCCACCGCUUCCUACGACAGCUACUCCGAGGAGACCUCCAGCCCCGAGCCCGGCGGCGGCCGCUCCAAGAGCCGCGUCACCCCCCUCAUCCUGCGCAAGCGAAGAUUGGCGGCGAACGCCCGCGAGAGACGGAGGAUGCAGAACCUCAACCAGGCCUUCGACCGGCUGAGGACGUUCCUGCCCCAGUUGGGCCAGGACCGGCAACUCAGCAAGUACGAGACGCUGCAGAUGGCCCAGACCUACAUCACGGCCCUGUACGACCUCCUGGACCAGCGGCCGCAGAACUGA